GCCUACGCAAGAACUCGCGGCGCGCAAAUUUCCCCACCCACAACGCUCCUCCGCGCACCCUGGGCGCCUCCUCUGUGUACUCGCUGGGGCCAUCCGGGCACCGUGGAGAGCGAGAGUCGGAGUGUCGCCGAGAUUUAAGACAGAGGGUCCAGAGAUCUCAGGGACCACCAAGCAACAGGGCUCUGGCCCCGAGACUGUUGGAACAUGUGCCGGGGAAUACAGCUUGUUUGACAGUUGCCAGACUAUGUUUACACUUCUGAUUCUACUCAGCCAACUGCCCGUAGUUAUCUUCGCAUUUCCUCAUUGCACAAGAAGUCUAAAGGAUACGAAGCAUGCCGGAGAAGAAGUUUUUACAUCAAAAGAAGAAGCAAACUUUUUCAUACAUCGCCGCCUCCUAUAUAACAGAUUUGAUUUGGAGCUUUUCACUCCUGGUGACCUAGAAAGAGAAUGCAUUGAAGAACUUUGUAAUUAUGAAGAAGCCAGAGAAAUUUUCGUGGAUGACGAUAAAACGAUGACAUUUUGGCAGGAAUAUUCAAUUAAAGGACCAGCCACAAAAUCAGAUGGUAACAGAGAGAAAAUUGAUGUUAUGGGCCUUCUGACUGGAUUAAUUGCUGCUGGAGUAUUUUUGGUUAUUUUUGGAUUACUUGGUUACUAUCUUUGUAUUACUAAGUGUAACAGGCAACCAUAUCCAGGUUCUCCAGCCAUCUAUGCCAGAAGGGGCAGACACACUCCCUCCAUCAUUUUCAGAGGACCCGAGGAAGCUGUCUUAUCACCGUCACCAACUUCUUUGGAGGACACAGGACUGCCUUCUUAUGAACAGGCAAUGGCACUGACCAGAAAACACAGUGUUUCACCACCACCACCAUAUCCUGGGCCAGCAAGAGGAUUUAGGGUAUUUAAAAAGUCUAUGUCACUCCCGUCUCACUAAGAACACCCUGUACUUCGGCAUAAGAAAUCCAUGCUAUUUGAAUGGUUUGUUCUCCCUGAACCAAAAAAGAUUCAGCUCGUUAUGACAAACUGCAUAGAAUAAAGGAAGAGUAAGCACCAUGAACCACACCACAGUUCCAUUUGCAUCUUGGACCCGAAAGUGAUUGUCAUCAGCUUGGUAAGAGAAUUUGGCGCCAAGAGCAACAUGGUGACACACACGUGUAAUCUCAGCUACAGGGGAGGCGGAGGCAGGAGGAUCACAAGAUCGAGACCAGCCUGAGCAAGUUAGUGAGGUAUCUCAAAACAAAAUUUAAAAAAAUGGCUGAGUGUGUAACUCAGUGGUAGAAUUGCCUGGCACAUGUGAAGCCCUGGGUUAGAUUUCCCCACCAUGCAAAAAAGGGAGAGAGAAAAAGAAACAGAAUUUGAUUAUAUAAUUCUCACAGUUAAUAAGAAAGCACUUUUAAAUAAUGUAUAUUUUAAAGGUUCAAAAAUCUUUGUUAAUGGCUGGAGAUUUAACUCAGUUCGUAGAGUUAUUUGCCUUGAAUGCACAAUGCCCUGGGUUUAAUCCCCAGCACCACAAAAACAAAACAACAACAACAACAAAAAAACACCUUUGUUAGUAUCUUUUGUCCAGAUAAAAGUUGUAGAUUUCUUCUGUUGAAUAUUUUAAAAAGUAAGAAUUUCUAGUCAUUACUUAUCCCAAGUCAUGAUAUUGAACCCACUAUUUGGAUUUUUUUGUGAGAGGAGGUGGAAAUACUUCACAGAAUUCAACAUUUUAAUAUAAAUUUGUGACCUUAACAUAAACACUGGUUUUAUAUUUUAAAUUAUUGCCUACUAUUCACCAUAUUAUGCAGGUAUUAGUUCUUAAUGCUUAUAAUAAGUCAUGUUUUAUUAUCAGGAGUGGGGUCAGUAGAAAUACUGUUUGAUACAAUUUAGUUCUUCGUAUGGUACAGUGUUGCAAUGGCAAGGAUUUAUAAAAGUUGUUAUGGUUUCAAAUAAAUAAUCCUCUAAUUUAGGACUAGAGCUUGAUAAAAUUGCCCUCAUUUCUGAUGAGGAGAUACUCCAUCUGCAUUAAUAAAAAAUCUACAUCUACAUCAUUCAAUCUCUGGAAAAUAUAAAUAGUUUGAGAAUCUAGUAAAAGUAUUUAACUAUUAAAAUAAUAAUAAUUAAAUUUGCCAGAAAACCCUUAUAUCUUGUCUUUUUUUUUUUUUUUGGUGCUGAAUAUUGAAGAUAGGCCUUGUGCCUGCUAAGCACAGGCUCUACCACUAAGCUAUUUCCCCAGGACCUACCACUUCUUCCCUUGCAUCUUUUAAUAUGUCUGAACACAAAAGAAAAACGCCAUAUGUAAUAAUUUUAACCAGUACUUUAUGUCUAUUUUAAUUAUGUAUAUAGCCAGUUUUUCCCUAAGAAUGUUGCAUAGUGGGUAGGGGAUAUAGUUCAAUGAUAGAAUCUGUGCUUAGUAUUUACCAAAGACCUUGAGUUAUAUCCCCAGCACACACACACACACACACACACACACACACACACAAAUCUAGCUGAGUAUAAGUUAGUAUAAGUUAUAAAUCUCUGGUAUAUAUGUGUCCUAAUUUAUAUGCAUAAGUGAAUUUGUUUCCUCUUUGUAAGAGGUCAAGAAAUAUACUCCUGCCAAGUGUUGUGGUAUAUGCCUAUAAUCCCAGCAGCUAGGGAGGCUGAGGCAGGAGGAUCACAGGUUUGAAGCCAGACUCAGCAAUUUAGCAAGGCUAUAUGCAACUUAAUGAGACCCUGUCCCAAAAUAAAAAAUAAAAGGGCUGGGGAUGUGGCUCAGUGGCUAAGCACCCCUGGAUUUAGUCCCUGGUACCCCCCCCCAAAACAAAAGAAAGAAAGAGGGCUGGGGUUGUGGCGCAGUGGUGGAGCGCUUGCCUCUCACGCAUGAGGCGCUGGGUUCAAUCCUCAGCACCACAUAAAAUAAAUUGCAUUUAUCUACAAUAACAACCAAAAAAAGUAUUUUAAAAAAAAGGAAGAAAGAAAAAAAAUAACAUACUCCUAAAAAAUAAAAUAGAAAAUUCUGUUCUUUAUGUUCUUGCAGGCAUUGCAUUUUCCUAUUAUUUAAAAUCAUUUAUAAAAUAUUACUUUAUUUUAUAAUUUUUACAGAGACGGGACUUCAAACCCAUGUGCAUUUGAUAAUUCCUUCCAAAUUAAAUGUUUAGAAAAUAUGUAUCAUAUUACAGUUCAUAUGUGUGUCUCUCUUUUAUAACAGCAUGAUCUUCAUUAAGACAAAUAAAAGUAAGACCUUAAUUAUUAGGCACUGUUAAAUUAUCCUUGUAGAGGCUCAGAGUCUGUUUAGUUUCUUAUUACAAAUAAAUCAUCUAGCAACGUUUAGAUUUAAUUAGGAAAAUGUUUCAUUAAGCCACCCACAUUAUCUAUAAAAUUCUAUUAGUCAUAUCUUGACUUUACAUAAGCACUUUUUGUCUUGUUGCUAUGCAUUUUUUUUAGUUGUAAGUGGACACAAUACCUUUAUUUUAUUUAUUUAUUUUUUUAAUGUGAUGCUGAGGAUUGAACCCAGUUGCCUCACAUAUGCUAAGCAAGAGCUCUACCACUGAGCUACAACUCCGGCCCUUGUUACUAUACAUUUUACACUUACUUUAAUCCCCUUUUUACGAAGUGAGCAAAGUCAAGAUUGCCAGUAACCUUUUAAAGAAUAAGUAUCAGACUAAGAUAUAACUUGCCUAAAAUCCAACAAGUUCGUGAGAGGUGGGUUUAGAUUGAGUACGUACACUUUUCAGGUCCCAACUCAUGCCUAUAGAAUUACACUGCUUCUAAUUAUAAUCCAAGGAUCUUGUUAAUUAAUUCUAAAUCCAUGAGAAAAAUUUACAAGCACUUCUCACAUAGACAUACAUGUACAUAAGUACACAUAUCACAUGUGUAUGUAUAAUGUUUUUACAUACAUGUGAGGAAUAUUUGGGUUAAAUACAAAUAAAAAAUGUGUGUAUCUUUUACUGAAUCGUAAUUUGAAAUGUUCCAUGAAUUCCUUUACUUAUACUGACUCCCAAAAGUAAAACUGCAAAGUUCGCUUCACAGUCUGUGACAACCCCACCCUGUCCCAACAGCAGCCUAGAGAUAUCAACUGCCAUCGUUUAGUGCAAACGGGAUGCUCUGACUUGAGUGAAUCUAGAAUUAAUUCUUGUGAUUGUGAAGUCACUGGUAUUUAUAGAGCCUCCAAGACUGAGAUCAUAAUACUUUAAAUAUAAAAGGACAAUGUGAGAGAACCAUUGUUGACAUAUGCUUAUAAUGAUGGAAAGGGAACUAUCUCAACAUAAAACCCCUGAUGUAUAUCUAUUUCAUUCACUUCUUUCUGUGUCUGUUGUAUAUCUGGUAAAAUUGUUGUUUGAUUUAAUUGACCUGUUUUGUUUAUGCUUCCCCAGGUUAUUGAUUAGUGCUAACCAUUAAAUCUAUUUUCACUUGAGGUUUUAUAUAUAAUUAGAUAAGUUUUUCACUUUAUCACAAUCAGAAAAUGAAUGGAAUAUGGAAACAAAAGGAAUAAGAAUAAGACAACCUUAUAAAUGUGUAUUUGUCUUGAAUAAGACAAAUACACAUUUAUAAGGUUAUACCUUUAGUAGGAUAGAUAAUUCUACAUAGAAUAUUCUCUUUUGAAAAUGAAAAAAAGGACAAAUUCUAUGAAAAACUUUUGUAUCUAUUAAUGUCUUCUGAGUGAAUACAGACAAAUGUGGAGAACUCUCAGAAUAAUUAAAAACUGUAGGGUUGGGGGCAUAGCACAGUGGUAGAGCAUUUGUGUAGCAUAUACAAGAACCUAAAUUUGAUCCCCAGCUACACAAAAACAAAACAAAAGAGCUGGGCACAGUAAUCCCAGCAACUGGGGAGGCUGAGGCAGGUGGAUCACAAGUUCAAGAACAGCCUCAGCAAUUUAGUCAGACUCUGUCUUAAAAGAUAAAAAGGACUGGGGACAUAAUUUAGUGGUAAAGCUCCCCUAGGUUCAGUACUCGUAACACACACACACACACACACACACACGAAGUGAGGGAUAUUGUCCUCAGUAUCUUUGAUUUCCCAUUUCCCUUUAAUAUUCUAAACAAUUUUUUCUAUUUCUCAGAAAAUUUAUAUAUAUGCAUACUCUUAUAUGUAGAAUAGACUUUUUUGGGUACUGGGGGUUGAACUCAGGGGCAUUCGCCCACUAAGCCACCUCCCCAGCUCUAUUUUGUAUUUUAUUUAGAGACAGGGUCUCACUGAGUUGCUUAGUGCCUUGCUGUUACUGAGGUUGGGUUUGAACUCACGAUUCUCCUGCCUCAGCCUCCUGAACCACUGGGAUUACAGACAUGCACCACUGCGCCCGGCUAGAAGAGACUUUUAAUGCUAAAUGAUUUGUUAAUGCUUAACAAAAGCUCUCUAUAUUAUUCAUAUUGUUUUUCUUUUAUUUGAAUUUUAUUUGUUAUUAGUUUGAUUUGUUUAUUUGAAUUUUAUUAGCUAUUAAUUUGAUUUGAAAUAUAUAUGACAUUUAUACUAUUAAAGGAAUGUCUAGCAUUUCUAUAAUUUUUUAAAUUUAAUAUCCUGUCUAUAUGGUCACUUUGGAACAUGUAUGACAUAUAUUGAUGCCUUCAACCUUCUGAAUUACGUUUCCUCCAACCAAUCUCUCUCUCUCUCUCUCUCUCUCUCUCUCUCUCUCUCUCUCUCUCUCUCGGAAUGUACACUGGGGAUUGAACCCAUGGGUACUUUACUACUGAGCUACAUCUCAGCCCUUUUUAUUUUUCAUUUUGAGACAGGGUCUGGCUCAAUUGCCAGAUUUGGCCUUAAACUUGACAUCCUGCUGUAUCAGCCUUCUAAGUUGCUGGUAUUAUAGGUAUGGGCCUGGCUCCUCCAACAUUUUUUGUUUAAAAAUGUUUUCUAACAGCUUAACAGUUUAAAGUAAUCCCGUACAAAUAUAUCUGUAUUUUCAUUACCUUAAAAGAGCAAUCCUUUCUUUUGAACACAUUUUUUCCUAAAAUCUAAUUGUGUUUUUGUUUUAAUGAAUUUCUUGUUCAAUACACUUUUUAUAUAUGUAAAUAAACUUUAUUCUAAGUAAA